CCACCACCUUUAAUAAAUACGCCUUGAUAUAUUACAAAUUUAUUAAUAGUAAUAAUAUUUCAAUCGAAUUCUCUUUACUUAUACUGUCAAUAAAACAUUAGAUUUCCAGACGUCACAUAAAGAAGCGAACUAAUUUAAAAAAUUUUCAAUUUCCAGAACCUAAUAAUGCAAUCACCGCAUCAUACCCUCUUGCGCAUUGCUCGCAAAUUGAGUGAAGGCUUAACCACGCGCCGACAUACGCAUAGGGAUCAAGUAAUGGAGCGCAUUGGUAAGCGUGAAAUUGUCGGUUAUGGUUGGAACGGCUCGCCUGGUUAUCAAGAUCGACUGGACUACCCAAUGCCACCGGUGCGCUUUCGUGAACCUGAUCCAGAAACAUGUGCACUACGAGAAAAAGAAACCGGCGAUUGGCGUAAGCUGACCAACGAUGAGAAGAAGCAGCUCUAUCGUUAUAGUUUUUGUAAGACAUUUGCUGAAAUGAAAGCGCCCACCUCCGAUUGGAAGUUUUCUGUGGGCGUAGCUUUAAUGGUUUGUUCUCUUGGUGUAUAUCUAUCACUAUCAUAUUUCUACGGCGUAUAUCCAGAGUACCCAGAAACGUUCGAUGAGAAGCGUCGUAGCGCUCAGUUAAAGCGCAUGAUUGCUUUAGAGAUGAACCCCGUUACUGGAUUGGCGUCAAAGUGGGAUUACGAGAAAGAACGCUGGAAGUAGCAGCGAUGAUAGUGUUUUCCAAGCACCAAAAAAACUAUAAAACUUUUAAUGUAUGAUUUCAACUUGGAAUUUCUAAGGAAAUGUAGAUGUCAAUAAAAGAAAUUGU